UGAUUGCUGUACUGCUGAUAAUAAUGUUUAGAUUGCUGUGUAUAGUAUUCAGGGUUUGGUAGACUAAAUUUUUCUAGUUGAAUCAAGCCUGUGCCCUGUUUUUGUGCAACCAGCAAGCUAAGAAUGCUUUUUACAUUUUUAAAGAGUUGUAAAAACAAAAAAAACAAAGAAGAAUAUGCAACAGAGACUGUGACCAGCAAAGCCUAAAAUAUUUACUAUCUAGCUCUUUACGUGAAAGUGCACCAACCCCUGUUCUAGACUUUUUGACUCUAAAAUGUCAGUUGAUAAAAUUAUCUUCCUUCAAAAAUAUUGAUAAAAGCCUGACUGUAAAAUAUUACGUCCCUUGUCUUAGUUCUAGUGCUGCUAUGACAGAAAUACCACAGGUGGAUAGCUUUAAUGAACAGAAAUUUAUUCUCUCACAGUUUGGGAGGCUAGAAGUCCGAAUUCAGGGUGCCAGCUCCAGGGGUAGGUUUUCUUUCUCUGUUGGCUCUAGGGAAGUGUCCUUGUUGUUGAUCUUCCACUUGGUCUAAGAGCUUCUCAGUGCAGGGACCCUGAGUCCAAAGGACACACUCCACGUCUCGCUCUUCUUACGUGGUGGUAAUGAGGUCCUUCUUUUCUCAGCUUGCUUCUCUCUUUUAUAUCUCAGAAGUCGUUGACCCGAGAUACUACCUAAUCCUGUAGAUUGUGUCCUGCCUCAUUAACAUGAUGGAGAGCUCACUCUCUAAUAGGAUCAUAACCAUAGACAUAGAGGCUAGGUUUUACAACACAGGAUAAUUACAUCAGAUCACAAAAUGGAGAACAACCGCUCAGUACUAGGAAUCAUGGCCUAGCCAAUGCUGACAUAAUUUUUUGGGACACAGUUUAAUACAUGACAUCCCUUUUUUCAAUUUACCUAGUACAUGAUGUUUCCAAUUUGUGCAGUCUUGUUUAGAGAAGUUAAUCAGUACUUUUGUGGACUGUUUUUGUUGUUAGGUGUGUCAGGUUGGUUCCAACUCCGCGACCUCAUGUACAAGAACGAAACACUGCCCAGUCCUGCACCAUCCUCGAAAUUGUUGCUACAUUUGAGCCUAUUGUUGUAACAAUUGUGUCAGUCCAUCUCCUUGAGGACCUGCCCCUUUUUCACUGACCCUUUACCAAGCACAGUGUCCUUCUCCAGGGAAUGAUCCCUCCUAAUAAGAUGUCCUAAGUACAUGAGACGAAGUCUUGCUACCUCUGCUUCCAAGGAGCACUCUGGCCGUACUUCUUCCAAAACAGACUUGUUCGUUCUUUUGGCAGGCUAUGCGCUAUUCUAUAUUGUUCGCCAGCACCGUAAUUCAAAGGCGUCAAUUCUUCUUCAGUCUUUCUUAUUCAUUGUACAGCUUUUGCAUGCAUAUAAAGUGAUUGUAAAUACUGUGGCGUGAGUCAGGCGCACCUUAGUCCUCAAAGUGACAUUUUUGCUUUUUAACACUUCAAAGAGGUCUCUUGCAGCAGGUUUGCCCAGUGCAAUACGUCGUCUGAUUUUUUGACUGCUGCUUCCGUAAGUGUUGAUUGUGGAUCCUAGUAUAGUGAAAUCAUUGACAACUUCAAUCUUUUCUCUGUUUAUCCUGAUGCUGCUUAUUGGUCCAGUUGUGAGGAUUUUCAUUUUCUUUAUGUUGAGGUGUAAUCCAUACUGAAGGCUGUGGUCUUUGAUCUUCAUUAGUAAGUGCUUCAAGUCCUCUCCACUUCCAGCAAGCAAGGUUGUGUCGUCUGCAUAUCACAGGUUUUUAAUGAGUCUUCCUCCAAUCCUGAUACUGCAUUCUUCAUAUAGUCCAGCUUCUUGGAUUAUUUGCACAGCAUACAGAUUGAGUAAGUAUGGUGAAAGGAUACAACCCUGGAGCACACCUUCCCUGAUUUUAAACCACACAGCAUCCUCUAGUUUGGUUGGAACAACUGCCGAUUGGUCUAUGUACAGGUUCCUCAUGAGCACAAUAAAGUGUUUCGGAAUGCCUAUUAUUUGCCCUGUUAUCCAUACUACGUUAUGAUCCACACAAUUGAAUGCCUUUGCCAUUAAAACAUAAGCAGACAAGUCUCUGGUUCUCUCUGCUUUCAGCUCAGAUCCAUCUGACAUCAGCAGUGAUAUCCCUUGUUCCAUGUCCUCUUCUGAAUCUGGCUCGAAUUUCUGACAGUUCCCAGUUGAUGUACUACUGAAACCAUUUUUGGGUUAUGUUCAGGAGAAUUUUACCUGCGUAUGAUAUUAAUGCCAUAUUUAUGCCUAUUCCCAAGAAAGGCGAUCCAACUGAAUGUGGAAAUUACAGAACAGUAUCAUUAAUAUCACACGCAAGCAAAAUUCUGCUAAAGAUCAUUCAAAAACGGCUGCAGCAGUACAUCGACAGGGAACUGCCAGAAAUUCAGGCUGGUUUCAGAAGAGGACACAGAACCAGGGAUAUCAUUGCUGAUGUCAGAUGGAUCCUGGCUGAAAGCAGAGACUACCAGAAGGAUGUUUACCUGUGUUUUAUAGAUUAUGCAAAGACAUUCGACUGUGUGGAUCAUAACAAACUAUGGAUAACACUGCGAAGGAUGGGAAUUCCAGAACACUUAACUGUGCUCAUGAGGAACCUUUCCAUAGAUCAAGAGACAGUUGUUCAGACAGAACAAGGGCAUACUGAUUGGUUUAAAGUCAGGAAAGGUGUGUGUCAGGGUUGUAUUCUUUGACCAUACCUAUUUAAUCUGUAUGUUGAACAAAUAGUACGAGAAGCUGGACUAUAUGAAGAAUGGGGCAUCAAGACUGAGGGAAGACUCAUUAACAACCUGUGUUAUGCAGAUGACACAACCUUGCUUGCUGAAAGUGAAGAGGACUUGAAGCACUUACUAAUGAAGCCUUCAGUAUGGAUUACACCUCAACAUAGAGAAAACAAAAAUCCUCACAACUGGACCAAUGAGCAACAUCAUGAUAAAUGGAGAAAAGUUUGAAGUUGCCAAGGAUAUCAUUUUACUUGGAUCCACAAUCAACAGCCAAGAAAUCAAAAGAUGCAUUGCAUUGGGCAAAUCUGCUGCAAAGGACCUCUUCAAAGUGUUGGAGAGCAAAGAUGUCACCCUGAAGACUAAGGUGCACCUGACCCAAGCCAUGGUAUUUUCAAUCACAUUAUAUGCAUGUGAAAGCUGGACAAUGAAUAAGGAAGACCAAAGAAGAGUUGACGCCUUUGAAUUGUGGUGUUGGCGAAGAAUAUCGACUAUACCGUGGACUGCCAAAAGAACGAACAAAUCUGUCUUAGAAGAAGUACAGCCAGAAUGCUCCUUAGAAGUAAGGUUGGCGAGACUGCGUCUUACAUACUUUGGACAUGUUGUCAGGAGGGAUGAGUCCCUGGAGAAGGACAUUAUGCUUGGCAGAGUAUGGGGUCAGUGGAAAAGAGGAAGACCCUCAACAAGGUGGAUUGACACGGUGGCUGCAAUUAUGAGCUCAAGCAUAACAACGAUUGUGAGGAUGGCGCAGGACCGGGCAGUGUUUCGUUCAGUUGUGCAUAGGGUUGCUAUGGGUCGGAACUGACUCGACGGCACCUAACAACAACAACAACAUGAUAUUAAUGAUAUUGUUCGAUAAUUUCUGCAUUCUGUUUGCCUUUCUUUGGAAUGGGCAUAAAUAUGGAUCUUUCCAUUCGGUUAACCAGGAUUGGUCUUCCAGAUUUCUUGGCAUAGAUGAGUGAGUGCUUCCUGUGUUGCAUCUGUUAGUUGAAGUAUCUCAAUGGUAUCCUAUCAAUUCCUAGAGGCUUGUUUUCCACCAAUGCCUUCAGUAUAGUUGAAUUUAUUCCUUCAGUACUGUGGGUUCUUGAUCACAUGUUACUUCCUGAAAUAGUUGAACGUCAGCCAAUUCUUUUUGGUGCAAUGACUUUGUGUAUUCCUUCAUCUUCUUUUACUGCUUCCGGCAUCUUUUGCUAUUUUGUCUAUGGCAUCCUUCAGCAUUGCAACCUGAGGCUUGAAUUUUUUCUUCAGUUCUUUCAGCUUGAGAAAUGCCAAGUUUCUUCUUCCCUUUUGGCUUUCUAACUCCAGAUCUUUGCACAUUUCUUUAUAAUACUUAACUUUGUCUUUAGCCUCUGGAUUAGUCAUCUAAUGCUGCUAUAACAGAAAUACUGCUAUAACAGAAAUACUGCAAGUGAAUGGCUUUAACAAAGAGAAAUUUCUCUUGCUGUGUAGUAGGCUACAAGUCCAAAUUCAGGGCAUCAGCUCCAGGGGAAAGCUUUCUCUUGCUUGUUGACUCUGGAGGAAGGCCCUUGUCAUCAGUCUUCCCUUGGUCUGGGAGUAUCUCAGCGCAGGAACCUCAGGUCCAAAGGAUGCGCUCUGCUCCUGGAGCUGCUUGCUUGGUAGUAUGCAGUUCCCACUCUCUGCUAGCUUCCCUUUCCUUUUAUCUCUUCAGAGAUUGAAGGUAGUGCAGGCUGCACCCUGGGGAAGCUCCCUGUAUAUUGGAUCAGGUAAGUGACCUGAGCAAGAGUGUUACAUCCCACCCUAAUCGUUUUAACCACAGGCAGAGAUUCUGAUUUAUAACACGUAGGAAAAUCACAAAAUGGAGGACAACCACACAUGGCCUAACCAGGUUAAUACACACAUUUUUGGGGGGACGUAAUUCAAUCUGUGACAGCCGCCCUUUGAAAUCUUCUGUUCAGCUCUUCAUCAUUUCUUCUGUUUGCUUUAGCUACUCAACAUUCAAGGGCAAGUUGCAGAGUCUCUUCUGCCAUCAUUUUGAUCUUUUUUUUUUUUCCCACUGUCUUUUUAAUAACCUCUUGCAUUCUUCAGGUAUGAUGUCCUUGAUGUUGUCCCACAGCUCACCUCGUCUUUGCUUGUUAGUGUUCAGUGUGUCAAAUCUAUUCCUGAGAUGGUCUCUAAAUUCAGUUAGGAUAUACUUAAGGUUGUACUUUGGCUUUCUGGAUUUGUUUUAAUUUUCUUCAGCUUCACCUUGAACUUGCAUAUGAACAAUUGAUGGCCUGUUCCGUAGUCAGUCCCUGUCCUUGUUCUGACUGAUAAUCUUGAGUUUCUCCAUUGUCUCUUUCCACAGAUGUGGUCGAUUUGAUUUCCUGUGUAUUCCAUCUGACGAGGUCUACGUGUAUAGUGGCCAUUUAUGUUGUUGAAAAACGGUGUUUCCAACAAAUGGUUCAUUGGUCUUGCAAAAUUCUGUCAUAUGAUCUCCAGCAUUGUUUCUGUCACCAAGGCCAUAUUUUCCAACUACUGAUCCUUCUCCUUUGUUUCCAGCUUUCCCAUUCCAGUUACCAGUAGUGAUCAAUGCAUCUUGAUUGCAUAUUUGAUCAAUUUCAGACUGCAGAAAUUGAUAUUAAAAUGCAUGCUGUGGUGAAAAAGUUAUGCUUAAUUGACAAGAUAAUUGAGUAUUUAAAUAAAUGUGUAUGUCAAGAUGGGGAGGUUAUGGAAUGCAUAAUACAACCGAGCCUCACACUGUUCCGGAAAGUGUUAUGUGCUGACCCAGUUCUGCGUGUUUCCCUCUCACAAAGGCCUUCUCUCCUGACCCUGUUAUUCAGAGUUUCUUUGAUAUUCCAUGAAGAUUGUGCUAUUGUGACGGAAGUAGGAGCAUUGUUUUGUCUUCUAUUAUUUGAUGAAGUAUCAAGAAUGGACAUAUGGUCUGUUAAACCUUCCAGUAAAUCUUCUUCGCCAUCACUCUUCAGUUUGCCUCUUUCAGUUAUUAGAAGGUAUCACCUCCCAGUGCAUGUCCGUGGCCAUCAUGCUGUGAGUCCGAACUCCAUAGUCUUGCCUUUAUCUGCUGACUGUUUGGCCUUGAAGCCGGUGUCAGAUAUGUUAAGAGUAGCUUGGAACCUGUCAUGGCAUCAUGGGAUUGACAAUCUGUUGAACCAAAUGAAUUCGGAAACUAAAAUCCAAGAAUUUUUAGGUACAUUGAAGUUAUCCGUAGAGGAUAGCCUUACUCUGAAGAUAACACAUACAGCCAGUGGGCUGCAGGAUUGCCUCCAUUCCAUUGUUCGGGCUGCAGCCCACAGGGAAGUCAGGGCUGCUGUCACUAGGAUGAGUUUUUAUCUUCUGAAUGACAGACUGUCUUUAAAGAGUGGCAGUGGCCCAUGUGGGGUUACCUUGAAGUCCUUGGCUUGGCACACAGCACUAAACAGGUUUUUACAAGUGCUUCCUGCUUGCACUGAAGAUGAGAAACUGUUAAUAGAUGUCAUACAUUUUUUAAAUAAAUUAAUGAAGGAACGAAGGGAAAAUUCAUCAGUAGAACUUCUAAACUGGAUUCUAGAUUUACUUCUUAGACACGGUCCAAACCCACUGUUAGACCUGUUGGUUCCAACAGAGUCACAGGCACGAGAAGAAGAGGAUGACAUCCGGACCGCUGUCAGGCAGCAGCUUCAGAAAGAACUGAUCGCCCUUUUCAAUACCUUGCUGCUUGGUUUCACAGCCAUCACGGACAGGAAAUGCUUGGAGCUUCUUCGUGUUUUCCACACUCAGUUGGCUCUGAGACUGCUGCAGUGUCUGCGAGUGACGGACGCCCCUCAUUUCUAUGGCCUGCCUUCCCUGGAGCGGACCCUGCGGGGCAUGGCCCACCUCACUGCGGCUCCAGGCUGGAGUGCGCACUCUCCACUGACAAAGCCACUUGACAUUUGUGCCAAGUACUUGUCAGGUCUCCUUGAGGUUAUUACUUCUUUCUAUGUGGAGCGUGGAGGGAAUGCCAUGUCCUUUAUGGGGAAAGGUGUCACCAAGAGCACAGUGCUUUGCCUACUUCACUUAUCGCAUGAGAUGAUGACCGAAGCCUGGAGCUCGGACUGGAUGUCACUUUGGUUUUUGCCUUUGGGUAGCCCCAAUGAAGAGCAUGUUUCUUCUCAACAAGGACUGGCUUGGCUGAUCCCGUUAUGGGUUGAUCGGGACCCAGAGGUCAGAUUCACCUCUCUGGGGUUAGGAUCAGCAUUAACCACCCUUGAAGCUGGCUGUGUAGCCCUGGCAAACAGCUGUCAGAACAUUUCUGGUGGGCUCUGGGGAACUGUGGUGAAUAUUCUUCUGGACCAGUCGGAAUGUAGUAUGGUGCGCCGGGAGGCUGCAUUUAUUCUUCAGAAUCUCCUUGUAAUUCCAAUGCCUACAGAAAUUAUAAAGGAUUAUACAUGGCAGGGCCCCUGUGUCCACGAUGAGGACUCUGGCAUGUCACUUGUAGGAAAACCUGCCCUCCAGGCCCUUUUAUACCAUUGCCAUUUUUAUGAACAUUUGAAUCAGAUGCUACAGCAUUGUUUUCUAGGACGGUAUACAUUUGAUUUGAAUUGCUCUGCCUUUGAUGGAACUUCAGAAGGCAGUGAUUUAAAUGGUUCAGACGACUCAUUCAAGUUCUGGAGGGCUCCAUCUAUAUUGUCCACUCAUGAUCAAGAUCCCAGCUCUCUCUCCACCUCGGAAACAAUGGUGACACCUUCAGCGGGGAGUACAGAAUUUCAGCCACUUGUACCAGCAGCAACGCUUGUAUCCGAAGCUUCUCAUGACCCGUUUGUGGUUCCAGGUCAGCAUGAAACUACAUCACCACGGCCUCCUCAUGAUUCAUCCUUUUCUGCUCUUCUGCCAAAACAGCGUGUUUUGGUCACUCCCCCUCUUCUUUCAGCAAUGUGCAGCCUCUUAGACAACCUGUUGGCAAUUGCUCCAAGAGACACUGCAAAUGCUCUUCGACAAGCCCAUCUCAUCGAGCUCCUGUGUGGUAUUACAGAUCCUGCCCUCAUAGAAAAGUGUGUCCAGGAGCUCAGGACACCCCUGCCUUCCUUGUCUCCAGUUGAACACACUCUGGCCCAGCUCUCCUUCCUCCUGGAAUACCUGUCCUCUGUGUCCAGUCUUCUGCAGUCCUGUUUGCUGGUGGACCCUGACCUCGUGAUUCAGGAGGAGCUCCUGAAACCUCUGCUCACAAACACCGUCAGGGUUCUCACCAUAUGCACCAAAGAUGUUUUAGAUACAGAGCUGGUAUCAGCUUUUCGUCGCACAUGGACACAUUUAUUUAACCUUCUGGCUGCACUACUGAGGAAAGCUGGGGGUGUGUCUCUCCCAUAUAUUACAGUGGCUAUGACCAGGCACUGGGCAGUGGUGACCGAUAUGUUCUGCAAAUGUGUGGGUUUGUCUGCCACAUGUCCUACCCUGUAUACUGCCAGCCUGCAAUUCCUUUCUAUUUUCUUGACUGAAGAAGCAAAAAGAUGUCUCCAGGAUAAAGAUAAAACAAAUAUAUGCCACAGUCCAACAGUGGCUUCGCUUAUUGAUAAAACUGAGGAAAAUCAGAACUCGCUAGAACGACUUAAUGAAGUAAUUCUUCAGUGCUAUGAAGGAAAAUCCUCCAAAGAUCCCCUGAAGAGAGUUGCUGCCCGUGCCUUGAUGUCGCUCCUGGCUGUCAGCAGAAGGGCACAGAGACACGCUCUGAAAGCUGAUCUCAUAGACAACUGCAUAGAGCAGAUGAAGCAUAUUCAUGCACAACUGAACCUAGAUUCCCUGAGGCCUGGGAAAGCAGCCUUGAAAAAAAAGGAGGAUGGUUUUAUUAAAGAGUUAAGCACUGCCAUGCAGCUCCUAAGAAACUGUCUUUAUCAAAAUGAAGAAUGUAAAGAGGCAGCUCUCGAGGCUCAUCUUGUCCCUGUCUUGCACUCUCUCUGGCCUUGGCUUUUGAUGGAUGAUUCACUGAUGCAAAUUGCCCUGCAGUUACUUUGCGUCUAUACUGCAAAUUACCCAAAUGGUUGCAGUUCUCUUUGUUGGUCCAGUUAUGGACAGUAUCCUGUUCAACCUGCAUGUAGAGGGGCUGCCAGCAGCUCCCUGAUGCUGUGCAUUAUGAAGUUGGCAUCACAGAUGCCUCUGGAGAACAGUGCUGUUCAGCAGACGGUAUUCAUGUUCCUCUCCAACCUCGCCUUGUCUCAUGACUGCAAAGGGGUCAUUCAGAAGAGCAACUUCUUACAGAACUUUCUGUCUCUAACAUUGCCAAAAGGAGGAAAUAAACAUCUCAGUAACCUGACCGUUCUGUGGUUGAAGUUACUCCUGAACAUAUCGUUUGGGGAAGAUGGGCAACAGAUGAUCCUGAGACUCGAAGGCUGUUUGGACUUACUCACGGAGAUGAGCAAGUACAAGCACAAGAGCAGUCCCUACAUACCUCUCCUUAUCUUUCACAAUAUUUGCUUCGGUCCUGCUAAUAAGCCUAAGAUACUGGCUAACGAAAAAGUCAUCACUGUGCUAGCUGCCUGUCUGGAAAGUGAGAAUCAAAAUGCUCAGAGAAUUGGAGCUGCUGCGCUUUGGGCUCUGAGUCACAACUAUCAGAAGGCAAAAGCAACUUUGAAAAAUCCGUCAAUAAAAAGAAGAGUGGAUGAAGCAUAUUCCUUAGCAAAGAAAACUUUCUCAGACUCAGAAGAAAGCUCUCUCAAUGCCUAUUACUUGCGAUGUCUUGAAAACCUUGUGCAGCUGCUCAGCUCCUCCUGAGCACCAGGAGAGGCUCACCCUGACAGUGACAGUUACCUGGCGGAGAGCAGCACUGGAGCAGGUGUGUGCAGCAGCGGCUACCUGAAGACUGGCUAAGUCUCUGCAAGGUGCUGAUGUCCUCAGUUCCCCGUGAGAAGUAGGACGGGGACAUCUCAAACUCCGUCCAUUCAGCAGCUCUCCAUAAGUAAGAGCAGCUGACAAAGAGAUGAUGGAAAAAGAAGCACAGAACAUUCCUGGGACAUACAUAUUUUUACCUUUUUCUAUGCAAUUUGCUUUGUAAAAAUCCUAUUUAACAGCUAUUUAAUAAAACAAAAUAUUUUUGGAACUGAAAAUUGACUAAUAAUUGCUGUUUGCAGAUUUUUAUUGGUCUCAUGAAUAUAAAAUUUAAGAAUGGAAAAAGCAUUGUGUUCUCGUUUCCUUUUUUUAUUUUAAUUUUUACAUGAAAUUUGGCUCUUAUCUGUUAGUACAAAUCUUUUUUUUCAAGCCUUUAUAUCUUCCAGAGCAUACACGUGGGUGAAGGAAUAUAUGUAUGUAAGCAUGUACAGUUUUGUGAGUAGCUUCUUUAUGCAGUCUUUAAUUGUAUUAACUUCUUUCAAUAUGAUUUGUAAAUUAGAUGUAUUUUAUAAUUUUUACCUUUUCACUUCUGGAAUGCCAUACAGUAAAGAAUAGUAUGAUUUCUGGUCAUAUAGGCCUAGAUUCAAAUUCUUGGUUGGCUCAAAACAUGGAGAGCAAGUAGAAAAAUAUUGCAGGAGCAAAUCAAUAUAAUUGUUCAAGCUCUGAGAGGAUGCCAUUACAUAACCCUUAACUAACAUGUAGUUUUGAAUUUGGUGUUUAAAUCAAAAUCAAGUAAUAUUACUUUCCUCUGUUUUUCCAAAACUUUUGAAGAGAAAAAAAAAAAGCUGAAAUAUAUUUAUAUACAGUUAUAUGUAUGCAUGUAUAUAUAUACAUACCAGUGUGCACACAUUAUUUAGGAAAAAGUUUUCUAAUUGAAUUAUGAUUAACAAGAAAAAAAAAAAAACAACAUUUUUUUAAGUGCUGUUAACAUGCCUGACCCAAACUGUGGUCUUUUCAGUUGCCUCAUAUGCAUACAAAAUCUAGACAACAAAAAAGAAGACAAAAGAAUUGAUGCACUCCAAUUAUGGUAUUGGUUAAGGAUAUUGAAUAUACUGUGGACUGCUAGAAGGACAAACAAAUCAGUUGUAGAAGAAAUACAACCAGAAUGCUCCUUAGAAGAAAGGAUUGUGAGACUUUGGCUCACUUACUUUGGACACACUAUCAGAAAAGGCCAACCCCUAGGAAAGGAUAUCACGUCUGGUAAAGUACAGGGUCAGCAAAAACAAGAGAAACCCUCAGUGAGGUGGAUUGACAACAUAACUACAACAGUGGACUCAAACAUACCAACAAUCAUGAAGAUGGCAAGGACCAGACAUUGUGUUCUCUUGUACAUGAGGUUGCCACGAGUUGGAGCCAACGAGACAGCAACCAACAUGUUAUUUAAGCUAGGUGUAUAAAGACAAGAUAUGUGUUAAAUACUGAAAUAGAAGCAGGUAUGUUUGUAGUGUCUAAAAGUUACUGAUAGAAGAUCUGAAAAAUAAAUCUAGGAAGCUCAGAAGUUUCCGAGUAGCCCAACUUCAUUUGAUGAAAUGGACCUGCCAGUAUUCUGGAAAAUUUGCCAAUACCAAUUGCAGGAAUCUUAGGAAUUCUUUCUUUUCUCCUGGUUGCUUACAUUUUAUGCCAUUUUCUUUGUAUUGCAUUGUUAACUCUCACUGAUGAAUAAAUGAGAUGAAUUACUUUAUGACAUUCACUUAAAAGAUCUAUGUCCCAGGCACUAGUCUCAGACCUUUUAUUUAUUUCUCCUAAGAUAUUACUAGUAGUCCUGGUGGUUCAGUGGCUAAGUGCAUGGUGGGUUUGAAUCCACCAACUUCUCAGAAGGAGAAAGAUGUGGCAGUCUGCUUCUGUAAAGAUUAUGGCCUUGGAAACCCUGUGGGGCAGUUCUACUCUGUCCGAUAGCAUCCCUGUGAGUUAGAAUUGACUCAGUGGCAAUGGGUUUGGUUUUUGGUCUUAAGAUACUACUGGUAUCCCUGUGUUAGAAGUGAAUAAACAGAGGCUCAGAAUGGUUAAGUAAUGUGCUCUUCAACGGUGGCUGGUGAGUAAUAAAGUUGAGAUUUGAACCCAGGAGAGCUGGUAAUAAGCCUAAAGUUUUCUAAACACUAUAUGGGGUGGCUUUCCCACUCUACCCCAUUGAAAUGCCCAUUUUUGUAGUUUGGAUCUUAUAACUAGCCACAUAUUUCUACAAAAAUUGCAUCUUUGAGAGGAAAUGUUCACUUCCUUAAUGGUUCAUUGACUGGUUUAUUGAUGUUUGCCUCAGGGUUUUCUUUUCCUCUUCUUUGUAACCAGGAGGAAUUGUAAUUGGUUAUUUUCCCUGGCAGUUCAAGGUAGUACCCUGGGGGAUUUGUAGCCAGCACCACCCAAGGACGGUUACCUGCAGAAGCCCAGGAGGACUGCUGGCCUUGGCAAAGGGGGAGGGGAAGGGAGAAUGGCUUCAGGGAGACUUGCGUAUCACCCAGGGUGUUUCGUCUGUUGGUGGUGGUCAAGAGCAUAAACCCCAGGAGCAGGCAGCCCUGCGAAUCCUGGAGAGCAAUCUCUCUCCAGCUGUGUCUUCCGACGUGCCCAGCCAACCAAUGGCGACGAAGUCCCAGCAGUAAGUCCCUGAGGCGAAGACCUCGCCAUGUCAGCAGCUGCCGUGGCGCCAUCCAGGGUGAGCGCUGAAAUGCAUAUUCCGGGUCCACUAAAGCAAAGCCUGAUCUUGUGGCCAAGAGGACUGUUACACUUCCUCCAAGUGGUCUUUAUGCUCCCCUCAAUUUGAGAUCCGCCAGUUAUUCUCCCUGAUUUUACAGAAAACUGCCUAGAACAUGGAAAUGACUUAAUAUCACUAAACUACUUCAUGGCGAAAUCAGGACUUGGAGUCCCUUGAGUCCUACUGAAGUAUUCUUUCUACCAUGUAUGGUCCAAUAUAUGGGAGGACUCAGAAAACAGGUGUAGCGACUACUCUGUGCUUCCUGGUUGCCAGUGUCUCAUCGGGUUAGUGUUUCUGCUAUGGGUGUACGCAAAAGCUGUGUCUUGUUGAAAAGGAUAUGUAGACAUGGAUCCUCAAGGACCCUGGGUUUAAGACCCUGAGUGAAACCAGACCAAUGUGUUCGUGCCCAGCGUGCAAGAAGCCAAACUCUCAGACGCUGCUUCUGAGAGGAAGAAAGGGUUUAUUUUGCAGGCUAGCGAGCGGGAACUCAAGAGGUAUCUACCUCAGAUUGAGUUCCCCCGAUUUGCGGGAGCAAUGUACAAUUCGUACUUACAUAUAUUCAUUUAGGGGUGGAGGGAAAUGGUAGGUAGGAUCAGAGGUUUUACCUAUUCAUAGUUUCUACUGAUUAUUUAUUACAAGGCGGGGCUAAGACUCCGCACGGAAGUGGCUGACAGACCAAAUGCUUUUGAAAUGGGCUCCACUAUUGUCGAUGAUGCAUUUCCGGUGAUUUUAGUUCCUUGGUAUGAGUCUUUUGGUUCCUGGACUUAAGUUCUCUUGCGUUAUUGAGCAUGCGUGGCAACCCAGGGUCGUUUGUCCGUCAUUGUGGUCUGCUCUGCGUAUGUCAGGCUACUCUGAGCCAGUUAGAUCUGCACUCUUCCAGGGCUCUCCAGAGGGUCUGAAAAACAACUUAGAGGAAGUGAGUGAUGUGGUGGGGAGGUGACUGGGAGUGGCCUGGUACUUGGUGGAGUACUAAUUAAUUAGGUGUCUUCAGUGUCUUCAGCCUCCAGAGUACCCUAACAUGAGCAGUCUGGGUGAGGGGACAAAUGUUGGUUUUGAAAGCAGGAAACGUGGGAGAAUAGAGCUAGCCAACCUAAUUGGAGCCUUUCCCACUGUUCCUAAAAUCACAUUCAGAGAUGAAUUGCUGGAUGUACCUUUCUUUGGUGUUCUUUAAAGAAUGGAGUGAAAAAUAGAGUUCUGCCCAUUUAACUGCAGGUCAUCAAUGUUCCUUUGUCGUGUUAAAUACAUCAUCUGUAGUUAUUUCUCAUUGUUAGUCUCUGUAGCUGUACCUUGUCUUUCAUUUUCUGAAGUGGCUGGUAUCCCAAAUCACUUCUUGUCUCAAACGUUCCUCAGAUUUGGUAGAUUGAUGGGCGAGAGUCAUGAUUAGCAUCCCUAUUUGGCCAUAAUGAGAUGUGCCUACCAUUAUCUCAGCAUGAGAGUAAAAUAGAGUGGGGUGGGAGUUUCAGGCUCUGGAGCAAUAAACCCAAAAAAACCAAACCCACUGCUGUCAAGUCGAUUCUGAUGGAAACCCCGGUGACGUAGUGGUUAAGUGCUACGGCUGCUAACUAAAGGGCCGUCAGUUCGAAUCCACCAGGCGUUCCUUGGAAACUCUUUGGGGCAGUUCUACUCUGUCCUAUAGGGUCUCUAUGAGUCUGGAGCAAUUAAAAAAAAAUAGUGACUCUGAAAUCAACUCCGGCCUCACAACACACAGCUGCGGGGGGCCUGGGGAAAACCUCAAGGAGCAGGGCUUUGAACUGGUUUGGUCUGGUUGGAACCCCUGCUGAGAAUUGGCAUUUCUAACAAGUUCCCAGGAAGUUUUACAUUGGAUUCAGGUGGGGCUCUUGUUAAAAUGUAGAUUGUGAAUCAGCAUAUCUGGGGUAGAAAUGCAAAUACUCAGUAGGGAACUUGUUGAAAUGCCAAUUCUCAGCAGGCGUUUGAACCAGAAAAAAUCAGUUUGAAGCCCUGGUUUCAUCAGCUGUCACUGGGGAUGAGGACAUCUACCCUGUGAUAGACUUGUGAGACAGGAAAGCCCAGUUCCGGGUACAUAGUUGAGUAUUCCUUAAAUGCUAGUAAUGUUUAGUUAUUAGUUAUUCCUGUGAAAUUUUCAAAUCAAAUUCAUCUCUCUUCAUUUAUAACAUUAAAUUUUUUCUGCCCUUGCAAACUCUCCCUCCCUUUGGGAACAGAGUUGUGCUUUGGAAGAGUUGUGUUGUCAAAACUAACGUCCCAACGUUCCAAAAAGUUUCUGGUCAAUACAUGUUGGCUGUCCUCCUGAGAUGACUGAUUGCAGAGACAUUCAGGAAGUAGUUACUGAGAACCUACUUCUUGCAAAGCAUGACAUAGAGGUGUUAAGUGCACCUGGGUGAUUUGGCUCGUUUUAUUCUUCUGCUUGUCAGCUUGUCAUGGUUGAGUGUCAGUUGGUGAAAUAUUGGUCUUUCUCCAUUUGACUUGUGAAAAUGGAAAAUUCAAGACAUUGUAACCUUCUUAGUAGCCAAAAGAAAAUCUUAGCUUCAAGAAUCCAAGAACUUGGGAGUAGCUGUUUUCUUUUUUUUUUUUGCCUGCUAUUGACUUACCGUGAUCCAAAGAGUAAGGGAAAUGGAUGAUAAGAUGCUAUCGAUUAUGUGAAUUAGGAAACUUCAUUUUGGGAAAUUUAGGAUUUAUUUUUUCUAAGUUAAAAGUUACUCCUUAUGAACUCAAGUUAUAAGUCAUUUGGGACGAGAUGACAGUGUGGUAGGUCUUGAGGCUCAGGAGGUACCAGAAUGAUGCCGAGAUUCCGGGAAUCCUAAUCUUUCGCUCAGUGUGGUCCUAUUACAAAUGUCCCCAACACUGUUCAUCUCUGCACUUCCUUUACUCCUUCUGCCUUUUAGCCAUCUGCUUCAGAAGAAAAAAAAAACUGCUAUUUUAAAGCAAUGUUUCACAAAGGACCCAUACAGUAACACUUCAUACAUUUCUCUUUAACUAACUUUGUACAAAAGCCAAGAGUAUGUGUUUUAAUGUAGACUCAGAGGACAGAAUUCUUUCAUGCAUUUCUCCUUUUUCUGUCUUUCCUUUGGUUUUGCCUCUGCCCAUAGUUGUGCCUUUGGAGUGUCUGCAUCCCGUCUAGGUUCAUCUGGGCCAGCGAGACUGCAUUCUUAGAGCAGGUUGG